AUGUGUGGGAUUGGCUUAACUUUGGCCUCCACUCUUCAAAUUUCGUUGGCAGAAGUCAUCCCCAUGGUAAAUGACAGUAGCCUCAACCAAAAUACCAGCUUUUCCAACACCACCAGAGCCAGUUCAAGUGGCCCCGACAUACUAAGCCUUCACUUCAGUAUUUGGUUGAUUGUCCUCCUCAGUCUGACCUCACUUUUUGCCAUUUGGUUUAUCCUCUGCGGCCUCUUUCGACGCGCUGACGCCUACCGAACGCCGUUCCCGGGACUUGGCGAUGGGGGAUACACUUUCGGAGGUUUGGACGACGCGGCGUUCGGAGAAGGAGGCGGGACUGGGAGCCUCUUCGGUGGCAUGCACUUCGACGGGGAUGUAUAG